AUGGCGACGCGCUGGAGCGGCGACGGCGUCCGGCUGUGCGGCACUCCGGGCUGCACGCUGGCCGACUUUCACGCCGGGCCCUGCUCCAACGCGGCCUCGCUCGGACGCCGCCGCGAGCACAACAUCAAGCUGCCGUACAAUGAAAAGGCGGCGCAGCAGCUGCUGCGGGGCGAGGCGGCGGCCAUCAAGGCAUCGAAGCGGGAGCAACGCGAGCGCAAGAAGCAGCAGCGGCCCGUCGCCGCUGAGCGGCCAGUCUCGCCGCCGCCGCCGCAGCAGCGCUUGCCGAGCGGCCUCGCACGCUUCUACCACCCGCUCGAGUGGGGCGUGCCGCUGCGCGAGGGGCCGGUGGAGGCGGACCCCGUGCCGCCGUCGUGGCGGCACGAGGCGGACGCGUGGCAGCUCGAGCAGGCGGCUGACCGCAUCCGCAGCCGCCGCGGCGUCGGCGAGGCGGAGGCUGCCUUUAUGGAUCUGUGGAACGGGGCGGUGCAGCGGUCGGAGCGCAGCCGGCUGGUGAGCGACCGGUGCCUGCCCGCCCUCUGCCGCGCCUUCGCGGUCCAGCACGCCGCCGAGCUCCGCGGCCUCGCCGCCCCCUUUCGCUCCCACCUCGAGGUCCUCAGGCAGCACAACCUGCUGCACCCGGAGGAUGUGCGUGACUGCCUCGUGCUCUCCUCGCCCGACGCCGCCGCCGCCUCUCCGUGCGCCCGCUGCUCGCGCCCGCGGCACGAGCGGCACUGCCCCCUCCACGGAGUCCGGCGCGGGGCUGCUUGCUGGCCGACGGCAAACGGGGCCGGCGGGACGUCGACGGUGAGCGCUGCGGACGUGCUCACCAUCGUGGGCAAGGAGUGUGAGGUGUGCGGCAGUCCGCGCGACGCCGAGAGGAUGCUUCUCUGCGACGGCUGCAACAAGGGCUUCCACCUCGGCUGCCUCUCGCCGCCGCUCGCCGCCAUCCCGGAGAGCGAUUGGUAUUGCGCAGCCUGCUCGCCCCCCGCCGCGGCGGCUGCGCCCAGCGAGGCCGACGGGCGAGGCAAGAAGCGGAGGGUCGGGUGA